UGAACCAGGAAAUAGAAGAAAUCCGAGGAACCAUUUUAAACCUCGCAAAUAGAAGCAGAGCAAGAACAAGAAAAAAGGGAAGAAGCAUCCUGGAUGAACUCUGCUCCCCGCUCCGGAUAAUUCGGAUUCCUGUUUGAAGGUUUUGUGUACUACAAAGUUUCAGAUAUUGCUUGCUGUUUUAUUACAAAGGCAGAAGACAUUCAUAGAGAAAAGGGGACAGAAAAUGAUGUCCUUGAACAACCUUGAGAAGACAGUCACCUACCCUGUUAUUCCAUGUUCUGGGACUAUCCUUGGUGGCCUUUUGCCUGGAGAGCUAAUUGUAAUACGUGGGUUUGUUCCAGAAGCUGCAGAUAGGUUCCAAGUAGACUUCCAGUGUGGCAAUAGCACAAAACCUCGAGCUGAUGUAGCCUUUCAUUUCAACCCCCGGUUCAAAAAAUCUGGUUGCAUUGUUUGCAAUACCCUGCAGAAAGAAAAAUGGUGCUGGGAAGAGAUCACUUAUGAGAUGCCUUUCAAACAAGGACAGCCAUUCGAGAUGGUGGUUAUGGUUCUACAUGAUAAAUUCCAGGUAUCUGUAAAUGGAAAGCAUGUGUUGAUCUACAAGCACAGGAUUGACCUUGAGAAAAUAGAUACACUUGGGAUAUCUGGAAAAGUGUGCAUUGAGCUAAUUGGAUUUGUUUCAAACAAUUCUUUGCAAGGCUCUCAGCCAUCCUUGCUAGGGACAACACAGAAAGAAGCAGGAAAUGAAGAAGUACCUGACGCUUCACAGUUUAUGAUUCCCUAUGUUGCACAACUUUCUGCUUCUCUUGGGCCUGGACGUACGAUUGUCAUUAAAGGAGAAGUUAACGAAAAGCCAAAUAGCUUUGCAGUUAACCUGAAGCCCAGUGACUCAAGUGAUAUUGCCCUACAUCUAAAUCCUCGAAUAAAAGAGCAGGCUUUUGUGAGAAACUCCUUCUUGUGUAGCAGUUGGGGCGAAGAAGAAAGGCAACUUCCUCAUUUUCCUUUCAGUCCGGGAAUGUACUUUGAGCUGAUAAUAUUCUGCGAAACCCAUCAGUACAACAUCGCUAUCAAUGGUGUGCAUACCCUGGAGUACAAGCAUCGGUUUAAACAACUUAGCAAGAUCAACAUACUGGAAGUCCAUGGGGACAUUCGACUGUUGGAUGUGAGGAGCUGGUAAAGAAGCUCCCCAAAUUCCUUUUGAAAAAUACUUCAUCCCUUCCUCCCUGUGAAUGGGGCGGGGGGGUGGUAGUGGAGGGCAGCAGUAACCUUGAUUUACCAUAGGCGGGGAAACAAUUUGGAUGCAGUAGAUUGCUUACAGAAACCAAUCUGUACCUGCCCAGAGAAGUAAGCUAGAGUAUUGUGGCUAAUAACUAACCACAACUGGCAUUAUAAGUGCUUGCUACUAAUUACAAGUAUAACAUCAACUCUUGCUAGUGAGAUUACUAUACCCAAGUUCACAUGAACUUGUACACUUUGGCAAUGCAGCAUUUUAUGUACCAUAUUAUAUGCUAUCCUGGUACAGCUUUGACUCUUGAGGUUAAAGUAGGCAAGAUGCUAAACAUGGCACUGUUUCCCCAUAUAUGUUUCCAUUUAAAAAUAGCUGGAUUCUGGAUUGUGACUGCACCAUGCAUAAAGGGGGACUUUAACCCUUUGUUUCCAUGUUGUUUCCCUACUAAAAUUUCCCUGAAGCAGCUCUUCUUCUCCCCCACCCUGUACCCACUGCAGCAAAUGACACCAUCACAGGGGAUGUUUCGACAGGAAAAUGGUGCAAAGGGUUAAAGCCCCUCGUCUACUUGUGCCAUGGUCCUAAUCCACACGCUGCCCCUCCCCACCCUGCUCCUGUUUUGAAUGAAUAAUUCAAGAGACUAGUGUCAUGGUUAAUUUGGCUCUCUGCUAAUGUUUAUAGUUUAAGUGACAGAUUUGAAGGAGCUCUUAUUCUUGAGCUUCACUCUCUUCAGAAUGAUCGACAUUACAUAGUAGUUUAUCCUACUGAACUAUUGGCAUUCGAUGUAUACUUUAACUGACUGCACUAUUGUACUGGGGAAACAGGAAUUCUCUGAGUACUACUAUUACUUGUCUCUUACCUCUCAAUAUAUAUAUCUAGAAGAGUUUGAGGAAGCUUCUGUCAAGUGGAUGUCUUCACAAGAACAUGGCUGUGUUUUGUAGCAUUAAAAGGCAUAUAGUCCACCUUUUUGCACUGAGCGACUAAAAGAAGUCUUAAUCCUAAAGUGUUCAGAAUUGAAAUUUAACUUCUGUGAAGCUAUACAGAAAUCUUGUUACUUCCAAAAUAAAUCCAUUUUUUAAAAAACAA